UUUAUUUAUUAUACACAUCGACUGAUGUCAUCGGGCCAACAGAUUUAUCUAGAUAAAGAUGAACAGAUCGAUCGUGCAAAUAAUAUGCAGAUUAAUUGAUGAAAGCCAAUAUCUAAAGCGUAAACACACACACACACACUCACACACACUCACACACACACACACACUCACACACACACACAAACACACACACACACACACACACACACAGGUUGUUCUGAAAACACACAAGAGUUUUCAGUGAGAGAAACUCACAGCUGUGCGAGAAAAAGAGCGAAGCAGAAAAACUGUACGAGAACGCACCAACUGUGCAAACAGAAGAAGAAGAAGAAGAAAGAUCAGGAUUUCAAGCGCAACAGACUGCUGAAGUGCCCUUGAGCAAGAUGAGAUGUGUCGUCAUCGACACGUUUUCCUCUAAACCUCAAUCGGAUGAAAUGAAGGGAAUCAUAAAGCGGGUCAGACACUGUGUGUGUGUGUGUGUGUUUAAUCCCUGGUUUGUGUGAUGGCAUGUGACCGUCUGACUUUAACAAGGACACACACACACACACACACACACACACACACGCUGGCACAAGUAGGGACUCUCCAUGUUGACCAUUGACCCAAAAACCGUCUCUUCUUCUUCUCAGGACACGUCUUUUGUACCCAGUCGGACAAUUAACACUGUUGUUUGGUCUUUUUUUGAAAAAUUCAAACACACACACACACACACACACACACACGCACACUUAUGUUGGCGAUUUGGGAUUAAACAUCACAGUCUCAUACAAAACAGUUUACAAAUCCAUCCUUCACCAUCUGGGCCUCUAAUCUGAGCUUGUGUGUGUGUGUGUGUGUGUGUGUGUGUGUGUGUGUGUGUAUUUAUGUGUAUGUGUGUGUGUGUGUGUGUGUGUGUGUGUGAGAGAGACAGACAGACAGUUUACAAUCUCUCUCUCUAUAUCUCUUUUUUUCAGGAUAACCGGCGGCACGCUCGCUCGCCCAUGUCGCCCCAGCGGCAGCGCAGAGGGCAGCAGCUGCCCACAGAGCCCGGGAGAAGAGCCUGAUCCUGGGGUGGGAGAGCCAGCUAAUGCCCCCGGUCCCCCAUGAACACACACCCACACACAGAUGUUUACCUGGAACAUGCCAUAGCCGUCUGACAGCCAAUCAAAAUGAUGGCCUCAAUGGUUGUCAGGGGCAACCGGAAGAAGUCUCUCACGUUGAGGGGCGUGGACCCGGAGACCUGCAUGAUAGUGUUUAAGAACCACUGGGCACAGGUGGUGAAGAUCCUGGAGAAACACGAGCCGGGUCGUAGCGGCGCCGGUGCGCUGAGUUUCCUCUCUGGUCAUGCCAGUAGCAGUAGCAGCACCUGCUCUGGGGCGUUACGCCUCGGGCCCAUCCCGCCGGACGAAGCCAGCGCUGUCCAGAACUACGUGGAACACAUGCUCUUCCUGCUGAUGGAGGAGGACGCGGGGCAAGGGGGAGCGAUGGGUCCGAUCCUGGAGUUCGUGGUUCUGGAGGGCGUGAUGGAGAGGCUGUUUCUGUGGAGCCUGAGGAGGCAGUUCACCGAGGACAUGAAGCUGGAGCAGCUCAGGAUGUACCAGAUGCUUCUGUCGCAGGCCAAACAGCCGCUGCUGCACCACAAGCCGGUUCUCCGGCCGCUCAUGAUGCUGCUGGCCUCGUGCGCUGGAGCCGGAACCGACAGCGGCGGCGUGGUGGAGGCGGAGCUCGUCCUCCUGCUGAACCAGCUGUGCGUCGCCCUGGUCAAAGAUCCCUCGGUGCUGGAACUGUUCUUCCACACCAGCGAGGACCAGGGAGCCGCCAACUUCCUCCUCUUCUCCCUGCUCAUACCGUAUACACACAGACAGGGUUCGGUCGGCCAACAGGCCAGAGACGCUCUGCUGCUCAUCAUGUCUCUGUCGGCCUCUGAGCCUCGAGUCGCCCAGCACAUCGACCAGAACACAUACUUCUGUCCUGUUCUGGCCACGGGUCUGUCUGGUCUGUACUCGUCUCUUCCGGCCCGGCUGCAGGUUUACAGUGAAGACUGGCACUGUCUGGACCAGGCCGACUGGCAGCAGGUCCCAGCUCUCGUCCACUUCCUGCACUCACUGGACUUCUGUAGUGCUGUCACCAAGGUUGCUCAUCCCUCCAUACGGGCUCAGUUGCUGGGUUACAUCUACAACGGCUUCUUGGUGCCUGUGCUGGCUCCCGCUCUGCACAAGCUGACGGUGGAGGAGGUGAUGACCACGACGGCGUACCUGGACCUGUUCCUGCGCUCCAUCUCUGAGCCCGCCCUCCUCCAGACCUUCCUGUCCUUCAUCCUGCUGCACACGCACGACAACGUGCACAUCCUGGACACACUGGUCAGCAGGGUCAACACACCUUUCCAGUUGGGAACGGUGUCGCUGGCUCUGUUCAGGACUCUGAUUGGUCUGUUCUGUGAAGACGUCAUGUUGCAGCUGGUGUUCAGGUUUCUGAUUCCCUGCAGCCACCUGAGCAGGAAGCAGCGCUCCUCCUUAAAGCAGAGAGACUGUUACUCCACCACCGCUGCCUCCUUCCUGUUCCUCUUGCCCUCCUGGUGCCCCGUGUACCUCCACAACACAAACACACACUCGCACUCUGAGCACAUCCACUGGCCUAAAGGAGCAGACCUGUCAGUAUCAGACAGUGUUGGUUACUGUCGAGGUUCAGACUUUCUGAUGGAUGUAAACUACCCCCACUACCUUUGGGACGCCCGUCAGGCCAUCUCAACAUCCCACAGGGCAUGUCGGCUCUGGUCAGCACCAUACGAUGGGAUACACCCUUCGCUUGAAGAAUACCGGUCUGACACACCAGGGAAUGACAUAGAGGAAGAGGAAGAAAUUGUACAGCGAGUCAAGAGUGACUCCAUCUGCUCUUUGGUCAUCCCUUGUCCCCCCUCGGCCCUGUCCCCCACCCCCUCCUCCUUAGAUACCAUCUCCACAGGCAACCAGACAGGAAGAGCCGGUUCUGCCCUGGAGCUGGAGUGGGAUGACAUUUUUGCAGAUGACGAUCCCUCUUCAUCAGCAAUGUUGAACUUGGGGUUAGCGAACGGCGGCGGGACCAUGGGUACAACUACGCCAGAACCUCCCUCCCUCCCUCUACCACCUCGGCACAUCCAGGAAAUGCGACGCAGUGCGAUCAAGUUGGUGCACGGCUCCUACGUAGAGGAAUCCGACUUUCAGGACGACGUUCUGGUCUACGACCUGGUCGCCCAGAAAGACACAAAGGCAGCCAUUUUGGAGCGACUCAUGGCAGCAAAUCGACUGGCACGUGGAAGUAUCUCACACAGUCAGCGAGUGACGACGGCGUCAACGAUCACAACGAUGUUAACGACAACGGGGAGAACAGUGAUGGAAACAGUUAACAGCAUUAUGUCGACACGGAGGAGGAGCGAGGAUGGAGAGAGGGAGGAAAGAAGAAGGACUGAAGAAUAUGGAAUGGAGCUGACGAGGAGGGGUGAGGACUGUGGAAAGGAGACUGGUAGAAGGAAGGAUGAAGAAGAAGAUGAGGAAAACAGGACAAAUUCACAAGGAGAACAGAAGAGACAUCAAGUUUUCACCAAUGGUUUUAAGGCAAAGGAUCACAUCAUCGACGAAUGUAUUGAUGCUGAGGAAGACAGCCAGUCGUUUGAGGAAAGCUGCAAUCUGAGUGACUGCACAACAAUCACAACUAUCAAUCACAAGCACACAACACAACAACAGCAUAAACAUCACAUCACUCAACAUCCGACGCCACAUCUAGUGACAAACGCUUUUUCCAAUGGCCACGAUGAAUCUGAGCCACGUUACCCUUUGGUUUCUGCAACUAAUGCCAAGUCUCCAAGUCUGCUUGAUAACAAAGUCCCUAAAAACGAUGGCUUCCUGUCCCAAUACCAUGAACUCAUGUUGUCUUUGGGGGUGGAGCCAGACUAUGACGACGUCACAGACGACAUCUGCACAUUUAGGAAGCGUGUCCGACUGCUGAGGCAAAAACUGGAGGAGGAGAAAGUGGGGCUCUGUGAGGAUUCCAUUUUUAGCUUGGAUGACGGAGGUGUGGAAGGAGAGGAGGAGGAGGAAGAGGAGUCGAUGGAAGAGGAAGAUGAAGGAGAGGAGAUGAGGAGUAGCAGUAAGAAAGGCAGCAGGAGGCAUGGAGUUCCAUUUACAGGUCCGUUCAUCAGUGUCCUGUUGUCCCGGCUCGAGAACCUUCUGGAAAACUCCAUCGCCGUAAACCUGCUGGUGACGGGCAUCCUGGCCCAGCUGGCGUCGUACCCACAACCUCUACUGAGGUCCUUCCUGCUCAGCACGGACAUGACGCACAUCCAGCCCAACGUACGCACACUAUAUCAGGUGUUGGUGUCGGUGCAUGCUCAGAUUGAACGCUACGUGGCGGCAAGACCAGACUAUCCAGCCCUGGUCACUCAGGCCUGGAGGUUCCUGUUGGCCAAAGACCAAGACAGCAAGUUUAGAGAGUGCCUCGAGUCUCCGUGCGGCGACAUCAUCCUGGACCCUUCUCUUCCCAACGGCUCUGUGAAGGACGCCCUGGCUCUGCCGCCUCUCGGCGUCUUGCCGCCCUGCCCUCCGAUCCCGGCCCACGCCAAGAACCGGGUGUUCGCCAUCGUCCUGUACGCCGAGUUCCUCAAAGAGCUCGCCGCCAUCGGCCAGGAGCACAGCAUCGCACUGGACUGUUCUGCCGAGGAAUAAUCGGGGGAAUAUUGGUGGCUUUUAAACUGCUUGUCAAGGCGUUAAUAAAUCUGCAUUAGAAAUUGCCGCUGAUGUGCCCGUGAGCGAGGCACUGCUGAAAACUUCAAUCUAAAGAACUGCUAAGGCGCCACCGGCAGAAGAGCCUGUAAAAGUCCUGAACGUACAAGCACAAAACAUGCAGCAGAAAUGAAAUGACUCCUUGAGGAGUACUACAACAUGUGUGAGCAAAUUGAUUUUGUGCAUACAUGUGUACAGUAUAUAUAUUUCCUGACAGCACUUGAAAAUGUUGACGUUGUCCCCAUGUGAAUAUGAAUGAUAUUUAUGAUAAAUCGUUUUCCAUUCUCUCUCUAUGUUUGUGGGGUCUGUGCAAAUAGUUUUCUACACUCUGACGUGAAAUCUGUGUUUUCUUGACAUGAAGAAAGUAAAAUAUUUGGUCCAUUCCAGCUAUUUUAAAUCGACCUUGUGCUCGCAAAAGGAGACUUGAUGAUGCAGGACAUUAGCAUAAAAACAAAACCAACCUUUCUCCAAAAACAUUAAAGUGGGACUGUGUAAGGUUUCAGUUACACAGUCCCACUUUAAAAAUGAUUUUACAUCAGAUUAAACUUCAAUUUAUCAAUAAUUUCGAACACAAAAACCUGCUAGCCCGCUAGUAAGCUACAAGGUAGUUAAGCUAGUAGCUAGCUGCUUUGGCUAAAUGUUCAAAAUGACUUUGAAAAUCAUUAGUUGAUGUUUGAAAAGGAAGCAGAUGUCAACUCAAAUAUUAAUAUUGCAAAAGACAAGGUGACUUUAUCCCUUAAGCCCAAAUGUGCUUUAAUGUCAAUACCAGCAAAAAAAAAAAAACAAGAAUUUUUAUUUUCGCUCAACUUGCUAACUUUUUUGUAGUCGUAACAAACAAUGUCGGGGUUUUUUGCCAGCUGGAAUUAAAUAAUGCAUAUUUACAUAAAACACCACAUUCAAUAAUGUGUUCUUUCAGAGAAGCCCUUCAGAUUUGCAUCUUAUAUUUGUCCCUCCUGUUGUGUCAUUGUGCAUCUGUAGUCAACAGAGACGCUUGUAUUUCAGUUUCCCUCAGUAUCCGUUUUUUAAAAUCUUACAGUUGAAACUUUUAAAGGUGAAAACCUUUUUUCCUGUCGUGUCUUCAUACGCAGAAACACAAUCGCCCCGACAGACUAAUGACGACGCCUUACUUCAUCCGACAAAGAGAUUUCAGUGCAAUAUACCCAGAUGCAAUCUUGUGCUAAUACCAGAUUUGUGGGUUUAUCACAGUUGCACUUGUUGUUGCAGCGUGUUUCAUUGUUUUCAAUGUGAAUCGUGUGACUUUUUUGUAAUUUAUUGUUUUUUUGUCCCUUUUCAACUGAAAAGAAAAAAUCUCCUGUGGUGCGUUCGGAUCGGGUCUGAAAGUAGGUCGAUUUGACGUCUAGUUUCAACCUGAUGUUUUUGUUGAACACUUGAACCUGUCGCAGAAUCUUAAAACAGAGCGGAAACUCGGAAGUGCGUCAGCGCUCGUCAUAGCGCAAACUGUGCUGUGCGUCAUGACACGAUUAUGGGAUGGACCGUAGCAGCACAGCUCUCAGCCAAAGCUUGUUGAGGGUCGGUGCUGCCACCUGCUGGUCAACCACUGUACGGACACUGAUCUGAUCUUUCCUUUUGGGGAAUAAAUUAUUGCCAAGAAGAUGAUGUGAAAAUAAUGAAACCGACGGCCAAAAUAUAUGUGGAUUGUUUCAAACGCUUUGUCUGUGUCUGUCUUUCUUUUUGUGUUUUGUGAUAAUACAGUGUCUUAUUAAGAGGCUGUGCCACUUAGCGGAAUGCUAACGUCAGCCUGCAGUUUUGAGGUCAAGAUUCUUGUUUACCAACCAACAUAUUCGGUCCCACAAUUGUUCUGCCGCAACGAGACAGCGACAACGUCCAAACAUGCCGCCAGAGUCCCAACGAAGUAUCGUCGGAGACGAGCAGAUGGCCCAGUCCUCACGAAGACCCGAUCUCAACAAACACUUGGAAGGAGGGAUUUCAUUCUUGCAUGUUUGGGUUUUGUAUUCAUUCAUUUAGCAGUUAUAGUUGGCUAAAUGGAUGACGGGGUCACAGGGUCCUACUGGUGAACAAGUCACAAUCUGGCCCCUCUGGCAGUGAAGAUAAAACAUGUUGUGGCCCUCCCUUGGCAUCAAAGUUGCCCAUCCCUGGGUCAGAGUCGGAGGCAGAAGAUUCUGAGACAGAAUAAGUCCAACUGUGGCAAACGUCUCCAAGCGUCUGUGAACCACCGGCAGAACCCGACGAGAACCUGAAGAAAGAACUGGUGCUACUUUAAAGGCGGAGGGUGUUGAGUGAUUUAGCUUCACACGGGUGAUAUGAGCGGAGACAGUUCUGUGGCGACGUGACGUCUCCGUCGCCCUGUGGUUAGUGAACUAGUUUCCUGUCCCCGGUGCGCAGAGGCGCGAGGCGACGGAGGACAGAGACGAAGGCGGUGGCGGCCUUCUGUCGACUGGAGAAUCUCCGGUGGUCGGAGUUCAAAUGGCCUGACGUUUGGCAGAGCGGAAGAAGUAAAAGAAGAGGAAGAAUAACAAAGAAGAAGAGGACAAGGACAGGAGGCGACGACGAUGAUGACGACGACGGCGAUGAUGGUGAAGGUUUAUCUGCUGCUGUGGGCUGUCGGUGUCGCAGUCAUGUCGUCAGACGGGGUUCACGAUGACGAGCGUGGUGAACUCGACGAUGAAGACAUGGACAAAGAGUGCAGCGGUCAAUCACCAUUGAUGCCUGAAGUCAACAGCACCAGUGUGUCCUCCUCCUCGGCCCACCUCCAUCCCUCCGUCCCGGUCCUCGCUCUUCUCCCUUUGUGCGUCUCGUCCCACUGACGAUCAUUUCGCACCUCGUCCGUUGCGAUGCCAUUUGUUUGAACUGUAUAAAUCAUAAAAACAAA